CGCAGCCUAAUACGGCCACGCCCAUGUAUGUGGCUGACCCUUUGUAGCCUGUGCUGCUAAUUACUGGAUAACUGUUCGGGUAAAAUGCAACGUUUUUGACGCGUUGCCCUCCCCCUGCACGCUAUGAAGGACAGUCCGAUCGGAUAAGAAGGUAUUUUUGCUGAAAGUCGGCAAGUAAGUGUCGCAUUCUGCUGGAAAGAUGGAAACUCUGAUUCCCACCAUCAACCGGCUGCAGGAGGUCUUUCUCACAGUGGGCGCGGAGGUCAUACAGCUACCUCAGAUAGUCGUGGUUGGAUCCCAGAGCAGCGGAAAGAGCUCUGUGUUGGAGAGCCUGGUUGGACGGGACUUCUUGCCACGGGGAUCAGGAAUAGUCACAAGACGACCCCUGGUGUUGCAGCUUGUUAAUGUUGCACCUCUGCAGGAGCGACAGAAGACUGAAAAUGGAAAUGGUGUUAGACAAAAUGCCCCAAACAGCCACCCAGCAGUCAAAGCUGAGGAGUGGGGCACAUUUCUGCACUGCAAGAACCAGAUCUUCACAGAUUUUAUGGAAAUUCGUCACGAAAUUGAAGCAGAAACUGCACGCAGUUCAGGCGACAACAAGGGAAUCAGUCCUGAGCCCAUUUAUUUGAAGAUUUUCUCACCCAAAGUCCUCAACCUCACCCUGGUUGAUUUACCUGGAAUUACAAAGGUUCCUGUUGGGGAUCAGCCAGAAGACAUUGAGGCACAAGUGCAAGAGAUGAUCCUCUCCUUCAUCUCGAAUCCAAACUCCCUCAUCCUCGCCGUGUCCCCUGCCAACUCUGACUUGGCCACCUCUGAUGCUCUGAAACUGGCUCGUGAAGUUGAUCCAGAUGGUCGCCGAACACUGCUGGUGAUCAGUAAACUGGACCUGAUGGACGCAGGGACCGAUGCGCUGGAGGUUCUUCUGGGCCGAGUCAUUCCAGUCAAGCUCGGGAUUAUCGGGGUGGUUAACAGGAGUCAGCAUGACAUCAAUACCCAGAAGAGUCUGGAAGACUCGAUGCGGGAUGAGCUCGCCUUCCUGCAGCGUCACUACCCCUCACUCGUGUCUCGUGCUGGCUCCCGCUAUCUGGCCAAAACUCUCAGCAGACUGCUCAUGCACCACAUCCGGGACUGCCUGCCAGACCUCAAAACCCGAGUGACUGUGCUGAGUGCUCAGUACCAGGCGCGGCUCAACGGCUACGGUCAGCCAGUGGAGGACCACAGCGCCACCCUGCUGCAGAUCGUCACCAAGUUUGCCAGUGAUUAUUGCAACACCAUAGAGGGAACGGCCAGACACAUACAAACCUCAGAGCUCUGCGGAGGUGCUCGAAUGUGUUACAUAUUCCAUGAGACAUUUGGCCGCACUUUGCAGUCUAUCGACCCCCUGGGAGGGCUGACUGAUCUCGAUGUUCUCACUGCCAUCCGCAAUGCUACGGGUCCACGGCCGGCGCUUUUUGUGCCUGAGGUGUCUUUUGAGUUGCUGGUGAAACGGCAAAUUAAGCGUCUGGAGGAGCCUAGUCUGCGCUGCGUAGAGCUUGUUCAUGAAGAGCUGCAGAGAAUCAUCCAGCACUGCUCCUCCUUCAGCACACAGGAGCUCCUGCGAUUUCCCAAACUGCACGACUCCAUUGUGGAAGUAGUGACUGGAUUAUUGAGGAAGCGGCUGCCGAUUACUAAUGAAAUGGUGCACAAUUUAGUGGCAAUAGAGCUUGCCUACAUCAACACAAAGCAUCCAGACUUCACGGAUGCAGCGCAGGUCUCAGCAUCCGUCAACAGUCAACAGGCUGAGGGUCUUGAUGGAGGGAAGCGCUGGAAGAACGAGAAGGUUUCCGAAGAAAAAGCCCCAGCCGCAGGCUUCGGCAGUCCCAGCAAAGGCCAGGCCAUUAACCUCCUUGACACAGCGGUGCCCGCAUCCCGUAAGCUGAGUGCAAAGGAGCAGAGGGACUGCGAGGUCAUCCAGCGUCUCAUCAAGAGCUACUUCCUCAUUGUUCGCAAAAGCAUUCAAGACAGUGUGCCCAAGACAGUGAUGCAUUUCCUGGUGAACUUUGUGAAAGAGCAUCUGCAGAGCGAGUUGGUGGGCCAGCUUUACAAACAGCCACUGCUGCAGGAGCUGCUCAUUGAGUCACAGGACACGGCACAGCAGCGAACUGAGGUUGCCCAAAUGCUCGAGGCCCUUAAAAAAGCCAAUAAUAUCAUCUCUGAGAUCCGGGAGACGCAUCUGUGGUAGCCUGAGGAAACAAACAAGUUCUCUUCUCAUAAGACAGCUUUGAGAGUAUGAGAGUGUAUGUGAGUUUACGGCGGAGAAAAUGCGUGUGUGUAUGUGUGCGCGAGACUUUGUGUGUUAAUGCGUGACAGCACCACUGUUGUUUCAUGGACCAAUGACCGUAGCACAUUUAGAUUUUUCCGUCAGCUGUUGCCCUGAACAGAGCAACGUGGUCGUUGCUUUUUACUGUGAACCUUGUGUAGAGACAGAUUAAUUAAACACUCAGGCCGAAAGUGUUAUUGCAAAGAUGAAAUGUGAAAAGCGUAGUCAUGAACAAAACCUUUUUGCGUAAUUUUGCGGGUCAUAUGUUUUCUGCUGUAAACAUAUAUCACAUGUGGGGUUUUUAAGUUAUUCAGCGAGUUGUUUUGGAUUGACACAUGUUCACGUGGUGCAUCUCCACACACCGAGCUCCCUCUGGGCCUCUUCAGCAGGUGCUGCACAUCCAUUAUGUUCGUUGAACGUUCCAGCUUUAAUUUUUCUUUGUUACAGUGAAAGUCCAGUUGAAUCACUGCAACACUGAAGACACACAAUACUCGUUUUCAGAAAUUACAGGAUGAGUUUGAUUGUUUUUCCAGCUCUAGUGCUAAUUGAAUUCAGGUUUAUUUUCCAGGGGCGCGUUUAUGUGUCAGCCCAUUUGUGCUGUUGUUGUCCCACUGUCAUUAAUGAUAGGACCAAACAUUACCUACACACAAUUUCCCUUGUUUAUGUGAGAUUGUUUAGAUAUCCAACGAUGAAGUGUACAACAACAAGUAUGCAGUAUGUGUGUAUAUAUAUAUGCCAUAGUAUUAGUAAAUUCCUAUGAUUUUAAAUAUGAUAUAGCAUCACAAGAGUACGAUUGUUUGAUUUUAGAUCCAGGUGGUCGUCUUUCUUUUCAUUUCCCAAACCAAUUAUCCACACGUUUCCAAUGUUAAUGGUACCGAGAGCAUGUUCCAUAUAAGAGACCCCUUUCAACCGUACAGACAAACUGCCCUCAGGACUGAGAGACUCGAUAAUGUUUUUCACACCCCCAUGAAUGUACAUCAUGAUUUAGCCAGAGACUCUGUGCCAAUCAUCAUUCAUUUUCGUAAUGUUGAUUGUAAUAUUACACAUCUUUACCCAGCUGCUGUUUAUAGCAGGCGGGUUCUUCCCCCUGAGCUGAACCUUCUCACAGCCAAAAUCCUAAUCAUGAGUACGACCUGCUUCAGCCAGACCAUAAAACAGCAGCAGUCUGCCAUCAGGUCACGUCCUUCUGAAAACCCUGUGUAACGUGGCAUGCGUGUGACCAGUGUGCAUGUGUGGAGGUUUGUGCGGAUGAAAAGUUUUUGUAUUAUUUAAGUGGAUGUUAAUACUGUCAUGUAUCAGCUGCCUGUUGAGUUCUUGCCUGCCAAUAUUUGUGAUUCAUGUUUACUGAAUGAAGUUUGGAUGGACAUAUUAAACCCUAAGAAAGGA